GUGUACCCUAUUGAAAUGCAUGACGUGCCAGUUUCUUCUCCGUUUCUCCAACAACUUUGGGCGAGAGCAGUGCCAGAUUUUAUAUCCCGUCGAGUCGACGUUCGCCGCGCGCGAUACGCGCAGUUAUUCGUCUUCUCGCUGCCCCAAUCCGUUAUUGUGAAAAUCGAAAUCGUCUACGGAAGUGAUGAAAGAACGCCAAAUCCUCGCUCCAUCACCGCCAGAACGUCGAUACUAUGCCAAUUACGCAGUUGCUCUACUGACUACUUGUUCAAACUUUUGCUCAUCGGCGACUCUGGCGUUGGAAAGUCUUGUCUGCUGCUCCGUUUUGCCGACGAUACUUACACAGAGAGCUACAUUAGCACCAUCGGAGUCGACUUUAAAAUAAGGACGAUCGAUCUUGAUGGUAAAACGAUAAAAUUGCAAAUAUGGGACACUGCAGGACAGGAGAGGUUCAGGACUAUAACAUCUUCCUAUUAUCGUGGGGCGCACGGCAUCAUUGUCGUCUACGACUGCACGGAUCAGGAAUCAUUCAAUAAUGUCAAACAGUGGCUUGAGGAAAUCGAUCGCUAUGCUUCCGACAAUGUUAACAAGCUACUUGUAGGCAACAAGUGCGAUUUGCACACUAAAAAAGUGGUCGACUAUACAACAGCUAAGGAAUAUGCCGAGCAACUACAAAUACCAUUCCUUGAAACAUCUGCGAAAAAUGCAAUGAACGUCGAACAGGCUUUCAUUACGAUGGCUGCGGAAAUUAAAACGAGAGUUGGUCCUCCGUCGAGCGCAGCUAGUGACCCGGCCAACAAAGUCAAGAUUGAUCAAGGCCGCCCGAUUGAGACAUCCAAGUCGGGGUGCUGCUGAAACAUCUGAACAUUUUCUCUCACUGCUAAUUAUUCACGGCGUCGCAAUUUGGCAGUCCUAUUUGACAGUCGGCGAUAUAUAAAAAGAAAAACAAGAACCACCCUCCCAUCUUCCAUCUCCUCCCUCUCCACUGCGCAAUAAUAGCGAGUUCCACGACAAGUUCCCCCCAAGAAACAUACAAAAAAAAAAAAAAGGAAAACCUAAUCAACGUCAUCACACGGACCAUCCCAACUCCCCUACAGGAAUAGGGAGUUGGUAAAAUAAAACAAAAGAAGAAAGGAAAGAAAACGAAAAGAAAACAAAAAGAAGUGAAAAAGAAAUCGUCAACAAAAUUUCUAGUUUUCUUAUAAUCUAUUAUUAUUUUAAACAAAACUAAUUAUACUUGGCAAAUAAUAAUAAUAAUAACGAUGAUAAUGAUAAUAGUAAUAAUAAUAUUGGACGUUGGCCACGUCGUUGCGAUCGAUUUUAGCUGAGGAAAGAAAGAACCGAAAAUACAAGGCAAAAAUAAUAACAAUAAUGAUUAGGAUAAAGAGGAAAUAGAUCAAUUUUUUUUUUUAAAUGCGAAUACUCGCGUGUGCGCGGAUUUAUAAUAAUAAUGGUAAUGACAACUGUAAGUUACAUCUUUGUUAUUAUUGAAAUUUUUUUUUCUACCCUAAUUCAUCACUAAUCAUUAUCCUGCAUAGAUAGAUAUUUGCGAUCAUCCCAGUUUCCCCCACGUGCAGGCUACGUCGUCGAAUUGUGCGAAUAAUUGUUAUUCCAUAGGUACUACGGAAAAGAGAAAAUUCUUUUUAUUAUUGUACUUGAAUGAUUGUGUAAUAAUAUAUACAACCAUCGUUAUUAUAACUAUUAUCAUUAGUAUUAUUAUUAUUGCCAUCGUCGUCAUCAUCAUCAUCGUCAUCGUCAUCACCAUCAUCAUCGUCACCACCAUCAUCAUCAUCAUCGGCGGUGGUUUGGAUCGCCAAAUAAUCGAGAGAAUAAUUUCGAUUACAAUUCGAAAAAAGAGGGGGAAACACGCGAUCCUCACCCUCUCCUUGAAAUUAUAGCUAGUUGCAAUUUACGGUUACAUACUGUACGUGUACGUAUAAGCAUAGAAGAGGAAGAAGAAGAAUAAACAGUCAAAGGCGAAAUGGAAAAGCGUUACAAAGGCAACUUAUUUUUAAUGUUUCGGGCUAUCUUUUAUAAUAUCUUCGUUAUUAUCUUUAUACAUGAAUGUUAUUGAAAUUGAUGUAUCUACAUGCACACAUUUUGCUUACAGUUCAUAUACUACUUUUCGUAACAACAUACAGUGUAAUAUAGUAUGGUGUGUCACAUAGUUGCGAGUUUUCGGUGAGAUUAUUAUCUUUUACACAGACCGAAAUGUACUUUCUUUAUCGUUUUGUUUUUUCUAUCUCGACAGCGUUUCCAUUUUCCUCUAUUCUUCUUUUUUUUUGUCCCGUCCGGAUUCUUGGAUCACUAUGGUGUGAAUAUUAUUUUUUUCCGAAUACAUUAUAGGUACGAUAGGUAUAGGUUUUUGAUCGCAAGAACGGGAAAGACGGGCGGGUUGAAAAAUGUUAAUCGAAGUUGGAUCGAUAAAAGUACAUACGCAUGCACACACAUACUUGUAGAUCGAAGACUCACGCUGCAGAAAUUUUGUGCACUUUUGAUUAACGAAUAUCGUACGCAUGCUGCAGCAAAGCGUGCGCUGGAUGAAAAUUACUUAAUUAUUCCUCUGCAGCCCCUUGUGCUUUUCAUUUUUUCUGUACGAUGCAAUUAAACAUUGACUGACAAUGGCAAGAACACUUUUCGAAAACAGUUAUAGGUAUGUACGGAGAAAUAUCGAUGCGAGACAGUGUAUUUGUAUUUUAUAUACAAAAACGAUAGGAUAAAAUUAUAAUAGACGUAUAAAUAGAAAUUAAAAUAGUUGUACACGCUGGAAAACGAAAAGAAUAAAAUAAAAUUAAGCUAAAUUAUCUUAUUAAGGCAUAAGGUAAAACUACAUUUUAUACAAAAACAAGCGCAAGAGAUAGAAAGGAAAACAAUCGUUGGUACAGAUAGACUGUAGUAACAGUAUAAAUAUCGGGUAAUAUCACCACGGUUUGAUUUUAAUGGUAAAAAAGAAGAAGAAGAAGAAUCAGAAGAGAAAAGAAAUAUGAAAAUAAAAUCAAGUAAAAACAAUAAUAUGCGCCAUGAAGAGAUAAAUAAAUAAAUAGAGGCGCGUUUGUGCGUGCGUGAUAAACAUUGUAGUUUCAUUAUAUCCGCGUAACGUGCUUUUUCUUUUUCUCAUUAUUAAAUCACGCAACUAAUUAAUUACUGUUAUUACUAUUAUUAUUACUAUUGUGUCGUGCACCGCUGCUCUGUCGUGUUUGUUAUUUUUAGGAUUAAAAUUAAAUAAAGAAAAUGAUUAAGCGAGAAAACGGAAGACGACAACAAUAUUCACAUGCAUGCAGGGAUGAUAGCGAUGUAUAAUUCUCUAUAUGUAUGAUUCUUAUGUAGUUAAUAUUACACGGUAACGAUGGUGAAAAAUUGAUAAAAAACUAAAUAAAAAUUGAAAAAGAAAUCCAAGAAAA